AUGGCGGAGACUUGCAUAGUCUGCCUCGGUGAACUUGUUCCUCAGGACCAAGUCCCAACCGCCACCCAACCGGCGCUUGCGACCAUUCCGCUUGGAGUUGGGGCUGAUACUGGCCUCCAACAUGCCGAUAAGAGCACCAGGGCCUCUGCUGCUUCCGACAAAGAUGCCGAGUUAGUCGCGCAUUUAUUGCCAUGUGGCCACGAUUUACAUAACGACUGCCUCAAGCCCUGGGUGGAACGAGCGAAUAGCUGUCCGAUCUGUCGAGCGAGCUUCAACAUGGUCGAACUCAGCGUGCGCGUUGGAGGCCCCAAACUGUCUGAGUAUGCUGUGCAAGACAAGCAACAGGUCGCUGACAUCGACCCCUCCAUGAUCAUCGAGGACGACUACACAUUGGAGGAUGACGGAAGCUACGAUGCAUGCAUGGUCUGUGAUGAGUUCGGCGAUGCUUCACAGCUCAUGUAUUGUCAUAGUUGUGAGCAACUUUGCCACGUCUUCUGCGCUGGUCUCGAUCGGAUGCCCACGCGCGGACCUUGGUACUGUCACGGCUGUGUCGAAAACCCGGGGCUCCUGGAGGCUGCGGCCCGCCGACGCCCCGCUGCUCGAGGCCCUGCCGCAUGGGUCAAUGGGAGAAGUCGUGUACCACGCAAUAAUCGCGCACCAGACGAGUGGGUUGGAGUCUGGCAAAGCGUGUGGGAUCGACUGCAAUUCGACAUCGAGUUUCCCUUUGAGGAUGACGAACCUUCCGAGAAUCACUCUGAAGUGCUGAGACGGGAGAAUCAUAUAUGGGAGCGCCGCUUCGAGCUCGCGCGGCAGGCUGGCGCUGGUACUCGAUUUCGAGCCGCUGCUGAUAACGUUCAUCGCCGUCGUCGUGGCUCCAACCGAUCAUCCCACCCGACCAAUCGUACACUACACCGCGAACCUCCGAGAACCCCCAAAGAUCCCGAGUCGCAAGAAGAGCUGCGCGCAUGGAACCAAUUCGAGAAGGCACGCGAACAGUUGGAACAACAAGAGGGCCCGCCCACACCAAGUGUGAUUAGUACAAGCAGUCGCCGCGGGCGGAAGCGGAAGUCUGUUGACUCGUCCCCUGUCGAGCCUGAGCCUCGUGAACAGCAACCAGAGCGCAAACUAAAGCGUCCCCGCACUCGCCUGAAUAUAGACAAUGGCGAGCCAUCGGGGGCUGGAUCGCGUCGGACUACGACGACUACUGCCAACAACCCUAAUCCUCCUGCUACAGCCUCAUCGCCAGUAGCGGCCACAACAGGCGAGACAACCUUGGCGACGGGCUUCCUUCAAUCACUUCUACAAGAAGUGGUGGUAGAUAGGUUUGCAGAGCGCGAAAAAGAAAUCGUUGCGCCAAAGCCACGUCACAUCAUCGUCGAGCGUGCUUGCUCUCCUCAGCACUCCUCGCCUGGGUUAUCUCCUGUCUAUCAGAAGCCACCAGGCAUGUCCACACCACCGCCACUAAAUCUUGGCCGUUCCAAAUCGGCUGAGAAUCAAGAUCAACAACAUUCGCCAACGUACUCGCCAUAUUCUCCUGCCGACGAUGAUCGAACCGGCCGUCGCAGACUCACCUAUCGUUCUGCGGGUCUCAGUAGCCCGCCUCGCUCGAAGGACUCUUCACCAUCACGUCCGACACUAUCAUAUUCGACAAAGGCUGAGUUACAGCGAAUGGUCACAGCAGUACUAAAACCUCUCUAUCUGAAAAAGGAGGUCACAAAAGAAGAGUACACUGAUAUCAACCGCGAUGUCUCCCGUUUACUAUAUGAGAAGGUCGGCGAAGCUGGUGCAGAUGCUCUUGCUGAUCAAGAGACUAGAGAAAAAUGGCAGCAGAUGGCAACCAUUGAGGUUGAUAACGCAGUCAACACGAUGCGCUCAAACCGUGCGGCCGCUCUGUCCCCCGCGGCCGAAGAUUCUGCUUCCUCUUCCUGA